AUGAUAGAGGUGUUCCAAGGAUUCUCAAAGGCUAUUGGGAUUUAUGUGCACCCAGGGAAAUGCAAAUUGUAUUUUGGUGGUGUGUCACCAUACAUUAGGCAUGAAAUUGUUGGAAUCAGUGGCUUUACAGAAGGAUGCCUGCCAUUUAAAUAUUUGGGCGUGCCGCUGUCGAGUAGGAAGCUCACUAUUAAUCAGUGCAGACCUCUUGUGGAAAAAAUUAUCGUUCUUCCCAUUCCUCAAAAAGUAACGAAAGAAAUCGACGCUAUUUACAUAAGAUACCUUUGGAGUGGGACUGAUAUUAUUAGCAGGGAAGCUCUCAUUGCUUGGGAAAAGGUGGGUGAGCCAAGGAAUUCUUGUGGGCUGAACAUAACAUUGCUGCGGAUGUCGAAUAAGGCCACGAUUGGGAAAUUAUUAUGGAAUAUUCAUAUGAAGGUGGAUAGGUUGUGGAUUCAAUGGUUGGAUAUGUACUUCUUGAAAGGAGUAGACAUAAUGCAAUGGCAAGUGACUACUACUAGUUCUUGGAAUUUGAAACAUAUGGAAGGACAUACUUGGUUGGUUGCAAAUUACAAGAUAUCAAGUGAAUUUGAAUAG